AUGUCUUCUGUCCCGAGGCGCACGGCGUCAACCUCGUCUAGACCGUCGCGAGCAGCCGCUCCAUCGGAACUCCCCCACCGGACGAGAAGCGUGGCGGUUCGACCAUCCAACACCUCCCAGCCCCCCUUCCCCCGAACCAUCAACUAUGCCGCCUUUGACAGCGUAGGGCGAUCGGAUGGCGACACCAGCACUCGCCGCGACCGCGACCUCUCCGCCGAGAGACCGACCACUGCUCGGACCGAGUCCUCCCGCCGACAUCACCAACGAACGCCGUCAACGCAGCCGCGUGAAAAUGAGUUGGCUCCAGUUGAUUCUGCGCCCGCGUCUGCGAGCGCACCCGGCCAGCCCAAGCGGCGAACCACCAUCUCCACCCCCACGGGGAAUUGGGCGUUGGGAAAGACGAUCGGUGCAGGUAGUAUGGGUAAAGUGAAAUUGGCCAAGAACAUCGAGACUGGAGAACAGGUUGCUGUCAAAAUCGUUCCUCGUUUGUCGACCGAGGAGCACAAAUCGCCCCGCGAAACGGAGCGAGCUGAUCGCUCUAAAGAGAUUCGAACGGCAAGAGAGGCGGCUAUCGUCUCCCUCACGAACCACCCGUACAUCUGCGGUAUGCGGGACGUGGUCCGGACCACAUAUCACUGGUACAUGCUGUUUGAGUAUGUCAAUGGUGGUCAGAUGCUGGACUACAUCAUCUCUCAUGGGAAGCUGAAGGAGAAACAAGCGCGGAAGUUUGCCCGCCAGAUCGCCAGUGCGCUCGACUAUUGUCAUCGCAACAGUAUCGUUCAUCGCGACCUCAAAAUUGAGAAUAUUCUCAUCAGCAAAACUGGCGAUAUCAAAAUCAUCGAUUUCGGAUUAAGCAACCUCUUCUCGCCUCGGAGCCUGCUCAAAACUUUCUGUGGAAGUCUGUACUUUGCGGCCCCGGAACUGCUCCAGGCAAGACAGUACACCGGUCCGGAAGUUGAUGUGUGGAGUUUCGGCAUCGUGCUGUAUGUGCUUGUGUGUGGCAAAGUCCCAUUUGACGAUCAAAGCAUGCCUCAACUCCACGCGAAAAUCAAAAAGGGUGUGGUGGAAUAUCCUCCUGGGUUAACCGCUGAAUGCCGACACAUCAUCUCUCGAAUGCUGGUUACAGAUCCGAAGCAGCGAGCCAGCUUGGCUGAGAUUAUGAAUCAUCCCUGGAUGAACAAGGGCUUCAGCGCACCGCCCGAAAACUACCUUCCAGCUCGAGAACCCUUGCAGCUUCCUUUGGACCAGGAAGUCAUCGAAAGAAUGACAGGUUUUGACUUUGGGUCUCCGGAAUACAUCAAUGCCCAAUUGACCAAAACGCUCGAAUCUGAGGAGUACCAGAAUGCAGUGCGGCUGAAUCUUCGCGACCACCCAGUGGCUACCCAGGCAGAGAAGAAACGCGGCGUUUUUGACUUCUAUAAACGAAGAAACUCUGCUGCAAGUCGAGACACUUUGUCUGCUCCUUCUGCCGAAGCUAUUCAAUUGGGCAAUGACCCAAUCAACGCCUACAGCCCGUUGAUAUCAGUGUAUUAUUUGGUCAAGGAGAAGCUUGACAACGAACGAAGCGAGGCCCGACCGGGCGCUCUCGGUCUCCGUCAGCCCGCAGUUACCAACGAUGUCAAAGUGCCCGAGCUGACUCAGCCUGCGGCAGCGUACACGAAUCAGUAUCAGCUGCCUGGCGAGAAAGACACUGGUCGUCGCUCUCGUCCACGAGCUAGAACUCAUGGCGAAGAUGAGGUGACUGAGACGCUCAAGAGUCACCACGUUUCUUCUCCUUCCACACAUGCCGUUCCUACAGCCGCCCAGCUCGAUGCACCAUCCUCCAAGAAGGAAAGUACUGCCGCAGGUAUUUUACGGCGCUUCAGCACGCGCCGGGUCAAAGAUCGAAGCCGCGAUACCGAACGUGAUCGAGAGCGGGUGAGCACUCCCAACACGCCGACACUGAACGUGCAGCCUCCUGCAGACUCUGCAUCUCCCAUCCAUCGCGGCUUCAGUGUGCGGCGCACUCGUCGGGCUGAGCCUUCGCCUGAAUCCGUAACUCCGGUUAGUAGUUAUGCUCAGCAGCAGGAUCUGCUGGCUGCUCCGCAGCCUGGCGACCCCAAUUCCCUGAGCAACAAGUCCCUUGGUCGGUCUACCAGCGUCAACUCGGCUGAUUACCGCACACGACGUGCCGCUCGGAGGGCCGACGCUGAUACGCUAGAUGUUGAUCGUCAGCCACCCUCCACAAGCGGCUCGGAUCAGCCUCCACCCGAGAACCAGCGAGACCCAGGGGGUGCAAAGACCGCUGCACGAGGGCACACGGCACGUACCAUGUCGCUUGGUCACGCCCGACGUGAAAGCAUUCAGGCGCGGCGAGCUCGCCGUGAGGCCACGCGAGAAGCCAAUGUCCCAGAGGAGACGGAUGCGGAUAUUACGGGUGCUGGCACCGCGCUAGAAAGCGCCAAUGAAGCAGAAGACUUGUCCAAGCCUGUCUAUCUCAAGGGCCUGUUUAGCGUUUCGACCACUAGCAGCAAGCCCUUGCCUGUCAUCCGUGCCGACAUCAUUCGCGUCCUCAAGCAGCUGGCUGUGGACUACGUGGAGAUCAAGGGUGGGUUUAGCUGCCGCCACGCUCCUAGCAUCGACCUCGACAAGGUGGUCGACGUUGGUCCGCCCAGCCCUGAGCGUCAAGGCCAAGUGUCUCACCGGCGUCGGAUCAGCUUUGGUGGUCUCUUGAGUCAUGAUGACAGCCGUGACGAUAGCCGAGCAUCUCCUCACUCUAAAGUGCAGCGUCGAACUCACGGCCAACCAGAUAACAGCUUCACGACCAACUCUGAUGCCUCAGACGAGUAUGUUGCACGGGAGCCGCCCACUAGCAAUUCUGUUGGCGAGCGGGUAGUUGGAGAAACGACGACGCGUGUUCAAAGCGACACUGGAGAGAAUCUGAUCCUCCGUUUCGAGAUCCUCAUUGUCAAGGUACCUCUGUUCUCGCUUCACGGUAUCCAAUUCAAGAAGGUGUCUGGUGGCAUGUGGCAGUACCGUGAGAUGGCCAAGAAGAUUCUUGAUGCCUUGCGUCUGUAA